AUGGAUGAAAAGAUACUCAGAGAAGGAGAUGGGUUUUAUAAAGUACAGAGUAAUGAUGAUUAUUUUAUGUCUAUUGCUGUUUUAACUGCCAAGAGAAGUUUAGAUCCAGUUCUUAAGGUUGGAUCAUGUAUUGCAGAUAGAAAUGAUAAACUAGUUAGUACAGGUUUUAAUGAUAAGACACCAGGUGGAGCUAGUUUACCUUGGCCUGAAAAAUCUAAUAAUAACAUAGACAAUAAAAGAUUCAUUGUGUGCCAUGCAGAAGUAACAGCUAUAGUGAAUAGUAAAGUAAAAGAUUUAACUGGUUAUAAGAUAUAUAUUACUCAUAAUCCUUGUAAUGAAUGUUCUAAACUCAUAGCACAAUGUGGUAUAAAACAUGUUAUAUAUCUACACGAAUGGAAACCAGACCAACCUAAAUAUCAAGCUGCCCGGUUAAUAUUACAAGUAGCAGACUGUAAUCUCAGAAAAUAUCAAGGACCAUUAUCUCAAUUUAAAUGUAAACUUUAG